AUGCAUCACGCCGCCGUCCUCUUAGCGGGUUUUGUUGGCUUGAGUUUAAGUCAUAGCCACGUGACGAACUUCGUGAUCGAUGGUAAUUCCUAUGAAGGCUUCAACCCGCGGCUAAUGACGCCCAAAAUCCUCACGGCGUGGGGAACAUCAGUAAACAAUGACGGUUGGGUCAGCACCGAAAGCUACGGCAAGCCGAACAUUGUAUGUCAUAUCAACGCUACCAAUGCACAUGCCCACGCUCCAGUAGCCGCUGGCGACACCAUCGGCUUCCAAUGGCAGGGCUGGCCCGAGUCGCAUCACGGCCCCGUCCUGACAUAUUUGGCGUACUGUGGGAGAGAGAGCGGGUCUUGCGAAGCGGCUGACAAAACUAAACUGAACUUCUUCGCUAUUGACAGGGUCGGACUUGUCGACCCAAAGAUCAACGCUACCAGCUUUGCGACCGCAUGGGGAAUUUGGGCCAGCGACAUCCUCAUCCAAAACAAUGCUACUUGGACUGCACAGAUUCCGCCCAAGAUCGUGCCAGGACACUACGUCCUUAGACACGAGAUCAUUGCAUUGCAUUAUGCGAGGUACCUGGGACAAGGCGCGCAACAUUAUCCUCAGUGCUUCAACAUAGAGGUCGUGGGUGGAGGAGCCGACAAGCCGUUAGGGAUCUUGGGAAUGGACUUGUAUCAACCUGCAGAGGAGGGUCUCGUCUAUGACAUAUCCAGUCGCCUACUAGGACAUACAAGAUUCCCGGCCCAACAGUUUACACUGGUGCCGCAACAUUCGUGUCCCAAACUGGUAUACUUAUAA